UCAGAGGGAGGGUUGGGGGUAUGUUCCUUCCAGUGUCUACUUCUAAUCUACCGUAUUUGUCGGUGGACUCCCCAGUAUAAGAUGACUCUCCAGUGGACUGUGGUGGCUUUCUUCCUUUAUGUGGAGAUAGCUGUCAUCCUGAUAUUUUGUCUGCCUUUUAUAUCUGCCAAGAGAUGGCGAUCACUGUUCAACCUGAGUAUGUGGAACUGGUUGGCUCCGUACUGGAAUAGGGGUUUCUUUACCAUGAUACUCAUACUCAUCGUUCUCUUCUGUGAUGCUCUGAGGGAGGUGAGGAAGUACUCCAGUGCGGAGCACAUGGGAGACGCCAAGCUGAACCCCAACCUGUUUGACCAUCUCCACAUGAAGCUGUUCAGAGCCCAGAGGAACCUCUACAUCUCUGGCUUCUCCCUCUUCCUCUGGCUUGUGAUGCGGCGUGUGGUGACUCUGAUAAACCAGGUGGCCAUCGCUACGGUAACAGGGACCAGCCUGCAAAUACAGGCGGAGAGCGCCAAUCAGGCAGCCAAGAAGUACCAGGAGGAGAACCUGCUUCUGAAACAGGCUUUGCUGGAUGAGGAGACAGCCAAAACUGCAAGCAAACAGCUACUGAGGAAGGAGGCAGAGAAGUUGAUGGAGGAACUGAAGACUGCAGAGGAUGCUGUGCGUAAAUCUAACGCUGAGGUGGAGGCCAUGAAGAGGCAGGCUAACGGUCUGACAAAGGAGUAUGACAGACUGCUGACAAAGCACAACGAACUACAGCAGAAUCUACAGGGUGGAACUGAAGACAAGAAGGAACAAUAAGCACUGGUUCAAAUCUUUGCUCCAGAUUAAUAGUGUCAAAGACAGAAGGACAGCUGUGUGACUUCACAUGGAUACCUGCUAUUCAGCUGAGCAACUCUUCAUUAAUCUCUGUCUUAUGUGUACUGUACUGUGCAUGGGAAAGGUACAGUUAUUCAAUACUUGUUAUUCAAUGUAUCCACAUGUAUUUGUAUUGUAUCUAAGAUAUGGGGCUAAAAUUGUGUCAUGGUUAAAGAAGGAACAGCGGAUUUUGUGUCUUUAACGUAUGGUCUUAAAUAGUAUAGUACAUUAGUACUACAUAGUAUAAUACUAGUAUAGUAUACACUCAAAGUACAUUAUGCAAAUAUGCAGAGCUUUCAGCUCAUGAAAUGCCGAGUCCUGUUUUACAUGUGUACCCAGUGGGCAAAACUGGUUGAAAUGAUGUCACAGUUUACAACCAGAACUGGUUAUGUGGAGGGUAUACCCUCAGAACAACUGUGAAUUUGUUUUUGCUGAGUAACGUGAAGUGACAUGAUCCUCUUAUGUUCAAUGAAUAAAAUACAAACAUUUGAACUAA